CAACCCUCUUGGACGGACGACUUGCGUAUUCGGGCGGCGGAUAAACCUUUCGCCGGGCUCAGUCGCGCUCUGACGCGUUGCGGGCAUUCCUCACCGAUUGCCACAUACAGAUUCAUCAAGGAACAGUGUCGACUCGUGAAUCCAGCCCAAGCCCUACUACUAUGCGCUUGGAGACUAAGCGUCGCCUAUACUCAAACUAUUAGCGACGUUCGACAUGUUUAAUUUCACUCCCCUGCUGGGCGCGCAAAGCUCGUCGCCAGCAUCACAGUCAUUACUAGAGUUCGACGGUGGCAUUCAGAUCCUCAUAGAUGUUGGCUGGGACGAGGACUUUAGCGUAGAGCAGCUGAAGGAAAUCGAGAGACAUGUUCCCACACUCUCCUUCAUCCUUCUCACCCACGCGACCACUGCUCAUCUCGGCGCCUACGUACAUUGCUGUAAGAACUUCCCUUUGUUCACGCGAAUACCCGUCUACGCCACAAAUCCCGUCAUAUCACUCGGUCGGACGCUCCUGCAGGACCUCUACGAAUCGACGCCUCUUGCUUCGUCAAUCAUCCCCACUGAAGCCCUCAAUGAGUCGGCAUACUCUUUCUCUUCGGCACUCAAGGGCGGAAAAAACCCCAACAUCCUUCUCCAGGCGCCGACUGCUCAAGAGAUUGCCGAUUACUUUGCCAGGAUCAAUCCAUUGCGAUACUCGCAGCCACAUCAGCCCAUUCCGUCACCUCACUCACCGCCACUGAACGGUCUUACCAUCACUGCAUACAGCGCUGGACAUACACUGGGAGGUUCAAUAUGGCAUAUCCAACAUGGCAUGGAGUCUGUCGUAUAUGCCGUCGACUGGAACCAGGCGAGAGAGCAUGUUCUCUCCGGAGCUGCAUGGCUCGGAGGUCCUGGCACUGGUGGCUCCGAGGUUUUGGAACAGCUGCGUCGUCCAACUGCUUUGAUCUGCAGUAGUAGGAAUACCGACAUGGUCAAAGUCGCUAAACCACCAAGCAAACGAGACGAAGCGUUGAUCGAAAUGAUACGAGAUACAGUGGCCAAUGGUGGAACUGUCUUGAUCCCAUCAGACUCUAGUGCCCGUGUUCUUGAGCUUGCAUAUCUUCUCGAAGAGACCUGGCACCGCGAAACAGCAGAGGGUGGUAACAGUCCUCUAACUAAUGCAAAGAUAUAUCUUGCGAGCCGGACAGCAGGUGCAACAAUGCGUUAUGUACGGAGUAUGUUGGAGUGGAUGGAAGAAGGCAUUGUCAAAGAAUUCGAAGCAAGCGCAGCAGAUCAGGAUCGGAGGAAUAAAGGCGGAAAGGAUGAGGACAGGGCCAAGAUUCCAUUUGAUUUCAGGCACAUCACACUACUGGAGCGCAAGACACGCGUAGCUCGUAUGCUUGCUGCUGAUGGGCCGCGCGUGAUUCUGGCAAGCGACACCACACUCGAAUGGGGAUUCUCCAAAGACGCCCUCCGAAGUUUGGCCUCUGAUGAGAAGAAUCUCGUUAUCCUUACUGAAAGAUCAGGUGAAUUGGGCGCGCAGAGAAAGGGGCUAGGCAGAUAUCUCUGGGACCUGUGGAAUCAGCGUAACACAUCACCGGGACAAGAUGCACCUUCUACCACCGUGAUCAAUGCUUCAGGUGAUCAGAUCCCAUGGAAGACUGUACGAGCGGCCGCAUUAGAGGGUGAUGAGGUCCCACUUUAUCAGCAAUUUCUGGCUAGUCAAAGGCAGCGACAAACUACAAUGGGUGGAGACAACGCAGCUUUGCUCGAAACAUCCGCGGACGUGGUGGACGAUCGAUCAUCGACUGAAUCAGAAAGCUCAGAGGGCUCUGGGGAUGGGUAUCGAGGAAAAGCCUUGAAUGCGACUGUUGCUUUGCAACAUGCACGCAACAAGCUCGGUAUGACAGAUGCUGAGCUCGGCGUUAAUGUACUUGUCCGCCGUAAAAAUGUCUACGACUACGAAGUGCAGGGUAAGAAAGGUAAAGAGAGAAUGUUUCCGUUUCAGGCGAAGAAGCGUCGGACGGAUGACUUUGGCGACCUCAUCCGGCCAGAAGACUUUGCGCGUGCCGAAGAGGAGGACAACACAGCCGGGGAGGCACUUCGUGGCGAGGAUGCAAAGAAGGAAAAUGCUGUUGGUCAAAAGAGGAGAUGGGAUGACCUAGCCAACAACGUUGACAAUGUCAAGGCAACUGCGCAACAAAAGCGGCGGAAAGAAAGGGAAGGCCGGGAGGGCGAGGACGAAGAGUCGGAUAGCGAGCUAGAGGAAGACCCCGACAAAGUGGAAGGUCCUUCAAAGGUCAUCAUCGAGUCUGAAGCGCUCCAGAUCCAGUGUCGGAUAGCUUUUGUCGAUUUCUCGGGUCUACACGACCGCCGCACGAUCCAGCAGCUGAUUCCCCUGAUCAAACCGCGAAAGUUGAUUUUUGUUGGCGGAGAGCAAGGCGAAACCCUUGAACUUGCAGAAAUCAGCCGCAUAGCGCUAAAUGCCAACACUGAUUCCGCCAGCGCCAUCAGCGUCUUCACACCCACUGUGGGCAUGGUAAUUGACGCCAGUGUUGACACUAAUGCAUGGAGUGUCAAGCUCAGUCGAAAUAUGGUGCGCAACCUACGUUGGCAGAAUGUCCGUGGCAUGGGCGUCGUGGCCAUCACGGGCCGUCUUGCAGCUGCAAGCCUGGAACCCGAAGUGAAGGAAGAAGUCGACACACCUGCGAAGAAGAAGGCCCGUGUCGAUGCUCCCGCUAUCCCCGUCUCGAGCGAUAACAAUAACGACACGCCUGUCCUCGACGUUGUCCCUGCCAACAUGGCGACGGCAGUUCGUUCCGUCGCUCAACCCUUCCAUGUGGGCGACCUGCGUCUUGCUGAUCUCAGAAAGCUCAUGAAUGCAAAUGGUAUGCAAGCCGAGUUCCGCGGCGAGGGUAUAUUGGUUGUCAAUGGCACUGUAGCGGUCAGGAAGACGGCCACGGGUCAAAUUGAGAUUGACGGUGGCGCAUAUGGAAAUUUCGAUCCAAGGACCAACGAUGCGGCGACAUUUUCGCGGGUUAGGAGGCAGAUUUACGAAGGCUUGGCCGUGGUUGCUGGGGGGUGAGGAUGAUGGAGGGGGGCUAUGGGGGGGUGAAUGGUCUGCAAGGAGUUUUGUUAAAUGGGGACAAUGUAAGAAGGUUCAGCAGACAUAUUUUUUCUGUCUGAAGCUCAAUACCAUGAAACACAAAAUCUCUUUACAUGUUCUGAAAUGUUUGGUGCCAUCUUGUCAUCUAGUAAAAUAAAGAUAUCCAACUUGGCGAAUCC